ACCGUCGCUCUGACCACUGGCCAAGCACUAAACGCCUGAAAAAGCAUAGAAUCGGAAAAGGCAUCGCUACAACAGGUAAAGAAACGACGAAGAAACGACCAGUUGAGGUCAUUUAUGUCAUUCAUGACAAUUACGUCAUGAAAUGCGUGCUGUGUCAUUGAUGUGAUACCCGUGGGCCAAAACCUUAUUAUGCUUAGCCAUGUGAGCGAUUUUUUUUUUUUUACCAGUGUACAACGCUUGAGGUACGACGCACCAAUUCCAGCGCGGAAGGCGAUCUCACCUGGCAACCUUUCUAACAUGGCUGCGCCCGUACAGAUUUCUGCAGCACAACAUGAUGCGCUCCAGUUUUAAGCUGUGUCGAUCUUUCUCUGCAAAGCAAGCUCCCAAGAAAGCAGAACUUCCGUACAGAAAUAGGUGCAAUGAAUUGCAAAAGCAUUUGCAGGUGCCGUUAUUCGGUGAAAACGAAGCUCCUUUUGUCCCCAGUGUCGCCGAAAUGAAGGCAGCCGAGAACCUUUUCGUCAGCGGACCCAAACAUUCACUUUCUUUCAUAACGUCAGCUGUACGUCCUGAGCAGUACCCGCAACACGAUGUGCCCGAGGCGGCCAUUAUGGGAAUAAGCAACGUGGGGAAGUCGUCACUGCUUAAAGCCAUGUUUUCUCAGGCACCUGAAGUUAACGUCAAGGUCUCUAAAACUCCUGGACACACAAAAACGUUGAAUUUCUUUGCGGUUGGCAAGAAGCUGUGCUUGGUCGACAUGCCUGGCUACGGUUUCAGACAGCCGAAGGACUUUGCCCUCUUUUCAUCACAGUUUCUUUCAGGUCGGAAAAACCUGAAGAGGACAUUUCUUGUAAUGGAUGCUGAACAAGGUUUCCAAGAUUAUGACCAAGAUGCCAUAGAGAUGCUGGAAACACUAAAAUCACCGUAUGCUCUGGUGUUCACCAAAAUUGACAAGGCCAGAAAUUCCACCAUACUCAAGAACCUUAUGUUUGUGAGAGAGCUGCGGGACCAAUACAUGUCGACACUUUGCUUCCCUCAGCCAUUCUUAGUCAGUUCAGUCACCCAUGAAGGGAUUGCCUUUCUGCAAGCAUUUAUAGUACACAUGGCUGGGCUUCUUGAUGUUGAAGAUGCACUGUAUGCACGACCCUCACUGCGCAGCAGGUGACCGUGUCCACCUAUUGUGUAUCUGUAUAGACUGUAUAUAGGCAUGUAUUUUUAUGUUCCUGUCGUGGUAUACGUAACUAUUUAGGAAAAGGUAGUUAGUGCUGAAGCAUCAGCUGACGCUAAGGAAUAAUGGAAGAACUCGCUUGGUUGCAACAUUGCAGUGCAGUCAAGUGUUAGCGACAACUUGGAAAGAUAAUGGUUUUCUAAAUAAGGAACUGAGAAAGCAA